CCGGUGUGGCUCUCAGCUGUGUGUGUGUGAUUUGUCUCUUCGAUGACUUGCACAGCCGGAGCUCAGUGAGACUCAGCCGCAUCAGCUCUUCUCCUCCCAGCACCGGCAGCCUCCACCAGACUAAUGCUGUGUGUGUGAAGUGUCGCGUGUUGCCGGACUCUCCUCUUCCUCCUCACGGACAAACCCGAAGCCCGCAGUCACUUUGUCGGAGUGUGUGGGAGCAUCAUGUGGAGGAAGGCUUCAGCCGCGGCCCUGCUGGCUUUAGCUGUUGGAUAUUUCUACCCAGGCAGCUCGGAGCUGCCAGAGCAGAUUCUGCAGUACAUCAACCUGCCGGUGUUUUGGUCAUCAUCUCACACUCUGAGCAGCCAGAAGAGCGGGGAGCAGGUGAUCUCUGCUGCCUGGGAGACUCUCAUUACUUUACCAACACGCCAGUGGAGCAAAGUGGCCGUAGGGGUAAAUGCUUGUGUGGAUGUGGUUGUCUCUGGAGUGGGACUCCUGCAGGCUCUGGCUGUGGACCCUGGCACCGGCCUGGAUCAUGAAGUCUUACACUCCAAAGAGGACUUGAAGGAGGCCUUCAUCCAUUACAUGGGGCGUGGAGCAGCCGCUGAGCGCUUCUUCAGCGAUAAAGAGGUCUUUCAGUGGAUCGCACGAGCAGCCGCAGAAUACCCCGGUGCAAAGCUGUAUGUGGGAGGGAAUGCCGCCCUCAUUGGUCAGAAGCUCGCCACCUACCCUGACCUGACGGUUUUGUUAUGUGGUCCAGUCGGUCCUAAACUUCAUGAGAUGCUGGAUGAGCAGAUUGUCGUCCCACCAGAAUCUCUUCAGGAGAUGGAUGAAUAUCACCUUAUUCUGGAAUAUAAAGCAGGUGAACAGUGGGGCUCAACUCGGGCGCCUCAAGCCAACCGCUUCAUCUUCUCUCAUGACGUGUCCAACGGGGAGAUGAGCUCACUGGAGACGUUUGUGGCGAGUCUGGAGGAGUUUGAGCCUGAGCUGGUGGUCCUGUCGGGGCUCCACAUGAUGGAGGGUCAGGGCAGAGAGCUUUGGGAGGAGCGGCUGAAAGAGGCUGUGUCGGCCAUAUCUGACAUCCGUAAAGAUAUUCCCAUCCACCUGGAGCUGGCAAGCAUGACCGACAAAGACUACAUGAACAGCAUCAUGCAGGAGCAGGUUAUGCCAAUUGUCAGCUCCAUCGGGCUGAACGAGCAGGAGCUGCUCUUCCUCUCUCAGGCCGGCGAGGGGCCUCAUGCAGACAUGGAGGCCUGGAAAGGCAUCCCUGAUGUGGGGCAGGUCAGCGACAUCCUCCUCUGGAUCCUGGAGCAGCACGGCCGCACCGACCAAUCGUCGGAGGCCGACCUCACUCGCAUUCACUUCCACACACUGGCUUACCACAUCCUGGUUACAGUGGAGGGGUACUGGGCGAAUGAGGCGGCAGCAGUGAUGGCUGGAGCACGAGUGGCCAGCAGUCAGGCCUGCGGGCUCCAGUCGGUUGAUAUUAGCAAAGUGGAGCUAAAAGCCCCGCUAGAGUUUCACAGCUCGCACUUUGAGCCACGAGAGAAGUUGUCCCUGAACCCAGCAGAGCCUGUUGUGGUGUGGCGGCGCGGAAACGUCACUUUCCACCUCACACCGGUACUGGUCUGCAAACAGCCGCUUCGGACAGUUGGGCUCGGGGAUGCCAUUUCAGCAGAGGGACUAGUUUACUCCGAGUUGAAAACCCAGCAGCCCUUCUGAGGUUUGCUUCAAUGUGACACUCUUCUGGAAUAUGUUGAUCAGAUGUGCUGAGAAGACCCAGUGACGUUCCCCCUGCAGCUGUAGUUGUUAGGUUGGAGUCAUGUUUCUGAACCAGUUCAAACCACUGUGUCCUGAGCCAGGUUCAGGGGCGUCCUUCCCAAUGUGCUGAAUGGCGACAAUUUAAAUCCUGCCUGAUGACUCCUCCAGUCUGCUUUAGUCUUCUCUGUCCUCCCUACUCUUACACCCACUGGCUGAUGUAGAAACUGAGGCAGAACCCAACAGAGCUGGGUCUGACUGGGCUGUGAGGUGGCCGGACUCUUUGCACAUGGCUCAGAUAAAAGCCAUCAUCACAAACUCCAAAGAGUUUUGUUGGCUCGCACCUAAUUUACAUUAACCUGCAUAUCUUCAGUACGCUGUGCCUUGGGAAAAUCUAAAGUUAUUGUUAAAAUAUUUUAUUUCUAUUUCAGAGCCAAGCUAAUUAAUUCUCCCUCCGAUACAUAUAAACACACACUUAAGUAAUAUAACUCUAAACUGAAGAGGUAUUCUUGAUGUUCUUUGUAUCUCGUCAACUUUUGGUGCAUCCACUUCAAAUUGAAACAUUCUUUCUCCCACUGGUGUCGGACUUUCCACACAAACACACACUUGUUGUUUAUGCUACUUUUCCUGAAAGGAUGAACUAAUACUAGUGAGUGAGACAGCUUUUGUGUUUUCUCAGUUUUUUGUCCAAACAUGCCAAAUUUAACGAUGCUUCAUUUUGGAUACUCCACAAAGCACAGACAACAGUUAUCAUCUCUGUUGUUUGUACAUUUCUGAUGCAGAGUUGUUAUCUUCGUUUUCAAAUAAUAUACUGAAGUGUUACACGCUUAAAUGCCAACUUUUAUGCAGUAAAGCUCCGUUUACACUCAGAUUCAGUUGGCAGUAAGUUAAGGGAGAAUAAAACUUGAAAUUGUGGUGUAGGACACAUGUUAUCAGGGUUACUGUUGUUUGUACAGAUUCUUUCUUUUCAUGUAUUGAUUUCUCACGUCUAAAAAUGUGAUAACGUAACACGAUUGGCUAGGAAAUCUCAAACGCUUCCAGUGUAAGAAACCUGAUUUGAUAUUUUAGCAUAUAAGCAUAUUUGCUGUUCGUUUUUUCUUUUUUUAUUUCCUAAAACGCCUGCAUCAUGUCAGAAGUACAGUAUGUAACUGUCAGAACAAUGUGUAUUGUAUACCUCAACUUGCCACUGAAGGCAUGCAAUAAUAAUAGUCUUAAUGCAAACGUACAACAGAGAGAUGUAUGGCAUUCAGCGGAUUCAAUUCUUUGCACUAUUACGUAGUGGUAGGUGUGCCUGCAAAGGUGAAUGUAACCAUAGCCCUCCCCCCAACACCCCAUUUUUUUUUUAGCAAGUACAAUCUAUUCAACUUAUUCACUUCAUUGUUCGUCUCAUGUUUUUAACAAUUAUAACUGUCGACAAGUGUCAUUUACUUGUAGUAGUCAUUAAAAUGUGUAUAAACAGUAGAA